GGGGCGGCGGUCGGACCCGGAAAUGCUCUGCGGCAGCCAUCUCCCCGCUGCUUAGCCGCCCACUACUCCGACCCCGAACCCCUGCCCGGGCGGAAGGUGCCUGGCCGCGAGCGCCCACUAACGGGUGUCUUUCGGGCUUCUCUGGGAGUUGUAGUUUGCUUGUGUCCGACGGCGCGCUCGCGCAAGCGCAGAGGGGCCGAAGGAACUACACUGUCCAGGAGCCUUUGCGUCCGCGGGCGGAGCGGCGGCGGCAGUGGCGGGUGGUUUGUAAGUGCAGCAGCACCUUCUCCGGCUCUGGCUUGAGAGGCCUGAGGGGCGCGGGCCUGUGAGCUGGACUUCUUGUGGGGAGGAACUUAAGGAGCUGGUGUUGGAAAUUAAUAACUGUUCCAUCUUUUACAUUAUUUAAAUAUAGUACUGUCAUUGGACCAAAAUGUUUCUGAUGCCAGCCUCUUCAGAGUUAAACAGUGGGCAGAACUUCUUAACCCAGUGGAUGGCGAAUCCUUCUCGGGCUGGGGUCAUAUUAAAUCGUGGAUGUCCUAUUUUAGAAGCAGAGGAAGAGAAGCCAGCAAAUGUGAACUUUUCUACCAGCUUUCCUGUUAAAGCCACACAAUUUUCAAAUAGUUUCAGCUUUAUAAGGGAAGAAGAUUCACUUCAUGAAGAACAGAAAUUGGAGCCUAACAGCCCGUACAAGUUACAGUCAGAUAAAUCUGAACCACAGAGAGUCUUUCCUUUAACUAAAGAGGGGCCACAGAUAGUGGCACGUCAGGAUGCUCCUGGACAAUGGGAAGAUAGCAAAAAUGAGUUUAUUGCAGAUCUUUUAAGUGAAUUCAAAGAAGUGCCUUAUAAAGACCCACUUGUUAAAAAGCUUGAACAGCUGAAAGAAGAGCAACAGAAGAAGCAGGAGCAGCUGAAGAAGCGGCAGCUCGAGCAGCUGCAGAGGCUCAUGGGUGAGCAGGAGGAGCUACUCGCCUUGGUGUCUGGGCAGCAGACACUCCCAGGUUUAACUCCACUGCCUGAUGACCAGAGCCAGAAAAAGUACAAACCUCUGGGAAAUUCAACCACUGUAGAGAAAACCACGCCCUUCUUGCCAUCAUAUAUCUACCAGAAUCAAAGCCAAGAAAAAAAACACCCUUCUAACAUUUUAUCCAGUGAACAAAAUGACUUCUCUAGAACUGCUCAUCAGGAUUUUGUUUUAACUUCAAGAAGUGGUGCUUCUCCCAGUGUGUUUUAUGAGGCAGAGUGUCAGGAAGCACUUGUAGAAAAAAAUGAUUUGAAGGAAGAAAACGAUAACUCUUCUAAAGGAGAAGGUAUCUUACCAUGUUUGGAGAAAAUGACGGAACAGAUUCAGGAAGGGAACGAUACGAACUUAAAAAAAAUUGGUGAUUCCUCAGAAGUGGUUAAUAUUGAAGAAAGGCCUAUUAAAGCUGCUAUUAGAGAAAGAAAACAAACUUUUGAAGACUACUUAGAGGAACAGAUUCGGUUGGAAGAACUAGAACUGCAACAAAAACAGCUAAAGGAAGCAGAAGGAUCUUUGCUUAUCAAAGCAAAACCAAAACAACCAUUCUUAAAACGAGGAGAAGGUUUAGCCAGAUUUACUAAUGCUAAAUCUAAGUUUCAGAAGGGGAGAGAAAGUAACCUAGUCACCACUCAAAGCAUUUCAGAGGACCAGCCUGUGUUUAAAUCAGAUAAACAACAAUUCCAGCGGAAAACUGCUCUUAUAAAUAAAGAAAUCUGUACAGAGAACCUUCCUGUUAAAAAGAACAGUAGAGUCAGAACCAAGUAUGGUUCGCUCACACUCAGUCAGAAGCCAAAAGUGCUUAAGAGUAAUAGUAGGAAAAGUCUCUCUCCAUCAGGAUUGAAAAUGCCAGCCGGGAAGAAAUGUGAUGGGCAAUUCAGAAAGCAGAUGAGUUUAGGAAAAAAAGUGCAAUCUAAUAAUAAAGAAAAUGUACCUGAGUGUACAAAACCUUGCGAUGUUGGUUGCACAAUCUGGAAUAAGGCACGCAGUAAAGACAGACUUCCCAUUUCCACAGGACUCAUCAGCUGUAUGGCUUCUCAGAGCCCAGCAAGUGAAACUUGGAAAGGGUCAGAAUCUUCUCUUGAUGUUUCUCUUCGGAAAAAGUUAGAGAAUUGGGAACAAGAAAAGGAAAAGGAAAAUUUGGAAUUAGAUGAAUUUUUGUUUUUAGAACAAGCUGCUGAUGAAAUAUCAUUUUCUAGUAACUCCUCAUUUGUACUGAAGAUCUUAGAGAGGGACCGGCAGAACUGCAGAGGUCGCCGGCUGUCUUCUACCCCUGUCAAAGGUGUGCGGGAAGAGAAGACAGCAACACUGGGUUCUUUUAGUCAGCAUAACCAAAACGAGGAUCCGGACCAUGCCCAGUGUGGAAGCAAGGCUGAGUGCGAGGUUGCUCCCAGACAACUUGAUUCAGUGUUCUCACCGGGAGGAUUGUGGGCGCCGUCCUGUGAAGUCAGGAGGAGAGUGUUCCAAACGAACCCUCCUGAAAGGCAGACCAGGUGGAGUGCAGGCGAUGGUGAAGGUGUUACAGACAGUGAUCAUAGCACCGAUUUGGAGGAACGGCUUGACGUCACUAUAAAGCCGUCAUCUGAGGGUAAGGAAAGGAGUUCCAGCAGCAGAGAAGAUAGUCCACAAGUCUGUGAUGGUAAGGGACCUUUUCGGGACAUCACGACUCAAGAGGAAGAGAAAAGGAGAGAUGUUGAUUUAGAUUUGUCUGAUAAGGAUUAUAGCAGUGAUGAUUCUCUCAUAAUAGAAAGCUUGAAAAAUAAAGUUUCUGAUUCCUCCAGAAGACACUCAUCUAUAAGUGUGAAUAAAAUUGACUUUGAUGAUGAAAGAACUUGGACUGACCUUGAAGAUAAUUCAUUUAAACAUGAUGGUGUUCUUGGGAAUGAAGCCAUUUAUGGGACUCCCCAGACAACCUGCCCUAACAAGAGUGAAAUGUGUGUACUGGACAAAAUGAUAAAAAGGAAGGUCGUGCCAGUCAAGAAGGGAGAAGACUUGGGCAAAUCCAGUAGGGACCCAAGCCCUCCUCCUACCUCAGAUCUGAUGAUAGAAUUCUUUCCUUCUCUGAAAUCGAAGUCAAAGUCACACUCACGCUCGAGAAAUGAUCCCAAGUUAAACACAAGUCAAGACCACCCACCUGGUGGCAAUGCUCGAUCUCAAAUUUUGAGAGAGAAAAUUACUGAAUUGGAAACGGAAAUAGAAAAAUUUAAAGCUGAGAACGCAUCUUUAGCUAAACUUCGCAUUGAACGAGAAAGUGCCUUGGAAAAACUCAGGAAAGAAACUGCUGACUUUGAACAACAGAAAGCCAAAGAAUUGGCUCGAAUAGAGGAGUUUAAAAAGGAAGAAAUGAGGAAGUUACAAAAGGAACGCAAAGUUUUUGAAAAGUACUCUACAGUUGCAAGAACUUUUCCAGAUAAAAAGGAACGUGAAGAAAUACAAGCUUUGAAGCGGCAGGUGUCUGAUUUACAGGAAGAUCUGAAAAGAAAGGAAGCAAAGUGGUCCAGUACACAAGGCCGUCUUAGAAGCCAGAUAGAAAUGUUGGUCAGAGAGAACACAGACCUCCGGGAGGAAAUAAAAGUGAUGGAAAGGUUCCGACUGGAUGCCUGGAAGAAGGCAGAAGCCACAGAGAGCAGCACCAGGAUGGGUCAGUGUGUGACCGCCUCAAAGAAAGAUGGGUUCUUGAAUUCAUCAGUUCGAUUUCAAAAGAGUCACAUUUCUUCAGGAACCCAGGUAGAAAAGUACAAAAAAAAUUAUUUGCCAACACAAGGCAAUCCAUCUCAAAGAUCCAAGUCUGAGCCUCGUGAUUUAGGCAGCUCAGAGAAGGGACAGACGGCCUCACCCAGGGAGCUGCCUGAACCAGUGAACUUUUCAGAUCCUGAUUAUAAAGAGGAGGAUGAAAAAGAGGAAAUUCAGGGAGAAAUCAGCCAUCCUGAUGGAAAGAUAGAGAAGGUUUAUAAGAACGGGUGCCAUGUUGUAUUGUUUCCAAAUGGAACGCGAAAGGAAGUGAGUGCAGAUGGGGAGACCGUCACUGUCACUUUCUUCAACGGUGAUAUCAAGCAGGUCAUGCCAGACGGGAGAGUGAUCUACUACUAUGCAGCCACACAGACUGCCCACACCACGUUCCCAGAGGGGCUGGAAGUUCUACAUUUCUCUAAUGGCCAGAUAGAAAAACAUUUCCCAGAUGGAAGAAAAGAAAUCACAUUUCCUGACCAGACUAUCAAAAACUUGUUUGCUGAUGGACAAGAAGAGAGCAUUUUCCCAGAUGGUACAGUUGUCAGGGUACAACGAGAUGGCAACAAAAUCAUAGAGUUUAACAAUGGCCAAAGAGAACUGCAUACGGCCCAGUUCAAGAGACGGGAGUAUCCAGACGGCACUGUGAAAACUGUGUACACAAACGGGCAUCAGGAGACCAAGUACACAUCUGGUCGAGUAAGAAUGAAAGACAAGGACGGUAAUGUUCUCAUGGACACAAAACUGUCAUGAAACUUGUGUGACUCAUCAUGAAAUGACACUAACUUGAUUUUCUCGUUAAAAAGAAAUGUACAUUUCUUGUGGAUUCUGUGGUUUAAUUUAUAUACUCUGUGUGUGUGCGUCUGUGUGUAUAUAUAAAUAAAUAGAAAAGACUUUGGAGUAUAAAACUUCUUGCUUUCUAAGUUUGAAAUGAACAGGGGCAGCUUUCAUUUUUAACUCACCUCCCUUGUCUUCUGUGGUCAUAACCAGCAUAGACUUUAGUAAGGGGAUGCUUUCUAUGGUUGGUGAUGGCUAUGAAAACCAGGAAGUACAAGAAAUACAGUAUCACAUAGUUUUUUAUCACAUAGAUUUUCCUACUGCCUGUCAGCCCUAUCAAGGUCAUGCUCAGAAACAUCACUGAAGGAGGAAUCAUUUCUCCACUCACUCUUACUAUACUCAAUCAGUGCUGAAAUUAAAGCAUCGUAUCUAUUACCAAGGUCAUAGAAUGGGAAGUUAAAACAAUGAGGGACUAUACAAAUCAGUCAAACAGGUAAGAAGAGUUCAUUCUGCGAGUGCAGAUCUCAUGGGAGGAGAAAGCAGCUGUAAUGAGGGUGAUAUCUGGUCAAAACAGGACACGUGAGAAAGGUGGGGCCUGAGAAACAACCAGGCAGUGUUAAAAAGUUUUCAGAGAAAUAAGGAAUUAUAUUUAUGUAACCUCAGGAUAGAAAGCCAUUUUUGUUUUUGGUUGGAGGGCCCACGCUGUACAGCUUCUGGGAUCUCAGUACCCCAAGCCGGGAAAUGAACUCAGGCCACAGCAAUGAAUGUGCCAAAUUCUAACCCCUAGAUCACAAGGUCCACCUUUGAGAAAGACUUUUUUAAAUGAGACACAGCACAAAUUUUCGAAGUUAAUGAGUCAAAAGUUUGUCCAAAGACACCCCAAAAAGAAAAGUCACAGACUAGAAAAAGAUACACAUAUCUGACAAAGGAUUAAUAACCCAAAUACAUUAAGAAGCCUUACUAGUUAAAAUUACCAAAGAUAUGAAUGAGCAAUAAACAAGCAACUAAACCAGUGAAUGCAUAUUACAAAAAUGAAGUAUCUCUAUAGUAGUAUCAUAAACUGGCAAAUAAUGGUCUGGCCACACUGCAUGUCAGCAAGGAACUCAAGACUACUAAUGGUAGAGUUAGUUUGAAAAACAGUUACCUCAGGACUUAGUAAAUUCCAUUAGUAAGUAUAUUCACUAGAAAACCACUCAUAGGUACAGAGAAGCUCCUACUGUAGAAUAACUCUUAUUGAGAAAAAACUGGUAACAACCUAAAGAUCUAACAGAAUAAAUUAUGUGCACAGAGGGAUGUAACAAUGCAAGUGAAUAAAACAGAGCUAUGCAUAUCAGUGAGGAUACAAUACUGUAAAUAAAGUAGGGGGAAAGGCAACUGUGUGAUACUGCACACACUUAAAAAUAUACAGAACUGUAUAUUGUUUAUGGAUGCCUACAUAUACAGUAAAAUCAUAAAGACCUAUAUAAGCACGUGCUAAGUUGCUUCAGUCGUGUCCUACUCUUUGCGACCCCAUGGACUGUAGCCUACCAGGCUCCUCUGUCCAUGGGAUUCUCCAGGCAAGAAUACUGGAGUGGGUUGCCAUGCCCUUCUCCAAGGUAUAUAAGCACAAUAAACGCCAAAUUCACAGUAUUCACCUCCUUUGUAGGUAAGAGAAUGAUUGGGGAAGGGUAGAACAGGCGCCUACACCUGUGCUGACAGUGUCUUAUUUCUUAAACUGAAUAUAUAGGAAAUAUUUUUCCUAACGUGGCUAAAAUAUUUAAAAAUUAAAAUUAAGUAAAUAAGUGAAAGCAAAUAUUUAUUAACUUUUUUCAAACAGUUCUUAACAGUUCAACAUGUAAGGAAAAAAAAAGCCCAGCACUAUUGCAGAACAAGUGAAGGAAAUAAGCCUGAAAUGGUCUACAUUGUAACAGAAAACUUUCUUCUGGGCUGCUACAGAUGCUCUGUACUGUAUACCUGAAAAACAGAAAUGUGUUAUUUUAAACCGCUGCUUAAUGUUCAAAUCUAGUUACUAAAUUGUGUGUUACACUUAUGUGAAUGGAUAGAGUGUGAGCUAUUUACCGAUUAACCCUAAUAAUCUUUGUUAUUAGGACACUGGUUGUCCAGUAGUAUAUGUAGAGGUAAGAGUUAUGAGCUUGAGUUAUUUUCAGUGCUGCUCUCCUCCUUACACCCUGUAACUAUCUGAACAAUCAGGACAGCUAUUCAGUCCCAGCAUUUUCACAACUAUGGAACCUUUCUGAUACUGGCACUCAGUAGUUUAGACGGGCCUGUUAAGGAGAAAUCUAGAAGACAAAUUCUUGUUGAGCUUGGUUGUCAUUCCUUUGAGGAACAGUGUGAACCUCUGCUGUGUCAGUGCUGUGCCUGAAGCUGACCGUAAGGAUGAACAAGAAGUCAUGGUACUUACAUCAUUCAUCUCGGUCUGCAAGCCCCAUUUCUACUAAUGACAUAUGAAUUGGAUACUGUUUAUCUUCAUAUAAAGUCACCAUUUGUUCUUGUACCUGAGCCUAAAAUGAAAAAAUCUUUGUCAAGAAAAUGCCAUCAUGUCUUUGCUGCCUGUUCCUCCUAUAGCUGGCAAGAGAGACAAGGCAUUCUCUAAGUUUGUUUAUAAAUUUGUACUAUGUACUUUCAAAGGUAUUUGUGAUGGUUUCUUGCUAAAUUCCAUUCUUUCCAUCUUCUACUUUAUUUGAAAUGUAACUCAUCCCCAAAGUUUUCCUGGAUUGAGCCAAUGGGCUCUUAUAGUACCUUCCUUGUUAAAAUUUAAUUUGCACUGUACACAUAAAGCAUACCUUUAUGCACAUACCACAUUUCGAUUGUUGUUCAUGAGGUGAAUACACGUGUAUUUGUUAAGAA